GGAGGUUGCUGGUUUGGAAUACGUGAAUCUACCAAGGAUUCUAAACAUAUCGUCUAUAUUCACGAUACUUAUCGAACGUACAACUGAUCAUCUCAUAAUCAUGUCUAAUCUCCUCCGCAGGGCAUCCGAUGCCUUCCACCACCAUCAGCGGAAGAGUUCUGAGGACUCUGUCAACCAGGAUUCUCUCGUGAAUCCAGCCCAGGAACCGCAAGAGCCAGUGGAACCACAAAUCCCAGCUGUGUCGCAGCCCGAGCCGCAGGAGUCCAAGGUUGAGGCUGCGGCCGGUGAGAGUAAAGAUCAAGCUGGAAAUAAACCUGCUCAUCACCAUAACCUGGGCUGGUUCCGUCGUCCGAGCGUGGAAGAACGGGAGAAGCGUCGGUAAAGUCAACAGGAGAAGGAGCGAGCGGAUUGGGCUGCUUCGAAGAAAUAUGAUCAUGCGCGGCGGUCGAGUCAAGGGGCGGGU